UGUUAUUGAUCUUAAAAAUAUCGAUAGACAUUUUAAAGAACCUCUUCACUGAUAAGACAUAAUAUGGCUAAAGUAAUUUAUAGAUGUCUCAGUCAUUAUUAUUUUUUUAUCUAAAAUGUUGGGUAUUUUAAUUAUUAUAGCAGUAGCUUUUCAGUUAGCUCUGGCAAAACAUGGUUUUGGACCGACCGAUCAAGAAUGGGGUCACGUAGCUGUCCGAGAAAAGGCCAAUAUAUUUUGGUGGUUACAUUAUACAACAGCUGAUGUCCCCCUGUACACAGAUAGACCUUUAAUAAUUUGGUUACAAGGGGGCCCAGGCGGUUCCUCCACCGAUACGGAAAUUUUGCAGAACUCGGACCACUUGAUUUAAAUUUGGAACCCAGAAACACCACGUGGGUCCAAUGGGCAAACGUUAUGUUCGUUGAUAAUCCAGCAGGAGUUGGUUUUGGUUACGUCGACGAUGACGAUCAACUGGUAAAUAAUAACGCUGAAAUUGCUCAAGAUUUUUUGGUAUUCCUAAAACAGUUUUAUGAAACACUACCAACAUUUAAAAGACUACCCUUGUAUAUAUUUUGCGAAUCUUACGGUGGUAAGAUGACUGCAGAAAUAGCAUUGGUUAUAGAUCAGGCUCAAAAGAAUGGAGAAAUCGAAGCUAACUUAAAAGGCAUAGGUUUGGGAGAUUCAUGGAUCUCCCCUGUUGAUUCGAUUUUGGCGUAUGCUCCAUAUUUGUUAAGCGUGGGUCAAAUAGAUCAAGAUGGCUACGCCAUCAUUAUGGAAAAAGCAAACGAACUCAAAACUGCUAUAGAUACAAAAAAUUUAGAUAAAGCCUCAAAUUUAUGGAAUAGUGUUAUGGAUCUAGUUGAAAGUAAUACAUACAACAUUGAUGUAUACAAUAUUCUUACAAAGACUGCCAGUUAUUCAUUAACCAAAAACAACAGACUUAAAUCACAAAACUAUGGUGAUACUUUGGACAAUAUUAUGAACAAUAAAGUAAAAUCUGCACUAAAUAUUUCGCAAAAGUGGGUGAACGAAAACGAAGACAUAUACCAAUCUCUCAUUCUGGAUUUCUUGAAUCCUGUUACAGAAGUAGUAGAAAAACUUUUAAACGAAACUGAUAUUAAAGUUGCCGUUUAUAAUGGUCAAUUAGAUUUGAUUGUGAAUACACCAGGAACAAUACACUGGGUAGAAAAUCUCAAUUUCAAAGAUAAAGAUUUAUGGGAUGCUGCAGGUCGAUCUGGAUUUGCAGUUGAUGGAUACUAUGAAGGAUAUGUCAGAAAAUACGGAAACUUUGCGUUUUAUUGGGUUGAUCGUUCGGGUCACAUGGUUCCACUUGACAACCCUUCAGCUAUGUAUUACAUUUUGAUGGAUGUCACUAAUAAUUUUGAAGUUUAAAAGCAAAAACGCUUUGCAUUAAACGACUCACAAAUAUAAAUUUU